AUGAUGCGCCCACGCCCUUCAGCCUGCAGCCGUUGUCUUGCUCGCACUAAGCAGUUCUCGACAACAACAAACCGCAGCAACCAAUCCCAAAAUGCAUCAUUCCCGCCGCAGACGGGCUUUAGCCGACUCACCAACCGCGGACUCAUCUCCAUUAUCGGCACCGACAGCACGACUUUUCUCCAGGGUCUGAUGACCCAGAAUAUGCUCGUCCCCAACGAUCCCAACAAAGGCAUUCGACGUACAGGAGCAUACACCGCAUUCCUCAAUUCGCAAGGCCGAGUCCUGAACGACGCCUUUAUUUACCCGAUCCCCGGAGCCGAGAACAAUGCUGCCGAGCAAGGCUGGCUAGUGGAAGUGGACAGGAACCAGGUCCCGGUCCUAAUGAAACAUCUGAAGAAACACAAGCUCCGCGCCAAGCUCAAGCUCCGCGCUCUCGAAGAAGGCGAGCGCACCGUUUGGUCCACAUGGAAGAACCAUGAGGAACCACGGUGGGCAGCAUACAGCCUAGAGUCAGAAUCACCGUCACCGUUCUCGCCAACCUCCGAAAUAGCCGCAUGCCUUGACACCCGCGCUCCCGGCUUUGGUUCCCGAAUCAUCACUCCCGGCUCCGAUGGUCUCCGCAUCCAUCUCCCGGAUGAAGCACAAGUCGCCGGGUCUGAGGUUGCGCUGGACUCAUAUACUAUUCGUCGAUUCUUGCAUGGUGUUUCUGAGGGUCAGACCGAGAUCAUUAGUGGAUCUGCUCUGCCGUUGCAGUGUAAUAUGGAUAUGGCGAGGGGUAUCGAUUUCCGCAAGGGUUGUUAUGUUGGUCAGGAAUUAACGAUUCGCACUCAUCACCGCGGUGUCACGCGCAAGCGUCUUCUUCCCGUGCAGCUCUAUAAUAUGAGUCAGGAUGUGGCAAGUCUGCCAGAGGACCUGACAUAUGAUCCUUCUGUUCAAUUGACCUUGCCGACUGGCGAGUCGGAUAUCGUUAAAGCUGGUACCACCACUCGCCGGAACCGCAGUGCUGGAACUUUCCUGAAUGGUAUUGGAAAUAUCGGUCUUGCGCUGUGUCGUCUUGAAAUUAUGACUGAUGUCGCUCUCAUGGGCGAAACUCCGGCCCGUCCUCACGAACACCAGUUCAAGUUGACCUGGGCCCCGGAUGUCGAGCAGCCUAAUGACAUUGGUGUGCGUGCUUUCGUGCCGCCUUGGCUCAGAGAUUUUAUUUCCGGCGCGAAGGAGGAGAAGCCUGCUCCACGCAACCCUGAGGUUGGGGGCGAGCGGGCGAGGGAGCUUGUCGAGCAACUCGAGCAAGAAGAAUAUGAAGCCGAAGCCGAGGCCCAAGCCGAAUCUCACCGACGCUAA